AUGGCCAUCGGUCAGCUGCCCGUACACGUGGCAUGCGACGUCCCAGAUGGGAUAGCGCUUCGUAUGGAGGAUGUUGACGGCAUCGGCGUCCCGAGUAUGUCGAUGGCUGUUUCCAUGAAAUUGAGCUUUCCUAUUCAUGACCUUCUCAAGAUGUUGGUUUCGUGGCGGGAGCAUGAGGCUCGGUCCAGCCAGCAUGUGCCUUCAGCUCAAGCGGCCGAAGAGAGUCCCAGAGAGGCGACGGAACUCUGCGACUCAGCGAAAUUCGGGCCGGUUCCUCUCCGGAACUCCCCGGCCUAUGUGUCGUAUAAGGCUCAGAACGGCUGGGAGCGGAUCUCUGCUCCAAAAGGGGUCUUGCUGGAAGACGAGAUGAAGCUGAGAGCCGUCGCCUUUCAGGCCUUGCCUCGUCCGGAACACCGGGCCAGGAGCUAUGCAGACUUCAAGGAAGAUCCCACUUCCGUCGCUUCCGUCGCCGCUGCGACGGCCGACUCUGCGACGUGUAGCCCAGGGCCUUUGUUGUAUCCCAAGGCACCACCCCCUGGCUGGGAGUCGCCGGCUGUGCCACAAGCACCACCGCGCCGGAGAUCCGCACCGGUGCUGUUAGCAGUGCCCGAAGACAGCCCGGGCUGGAACAUUUGA